AUGUCUCGCGAGCGGCCCCCCCGCACGGACAUCCCCCGCAACCUGAGCUUCAUCGCCUCGCUCACGGAGCGAGCCUACUACCGCAGCCAGCGGCCCAGCCUGGAGGAGGAGCCGGAGGAGGAGCCAGGAGAGGGCGGGGCGCGCCUCGGGGCCCGAUCCCGCGCUUCAGCUUCGAGUCGCGGCCGCCGGGCUCGCUCUGCACCCGCCGGAGGCGGCGGGGCCCGGGCAUCCCGGAGCCGCAGCCCCGACACCCGCAAGAGAGUGCGUUUCGCCGACGCGUUGGGGCUGGAGCUGGCCGCCGUGCGCCGCUUCCGCCCGGGAGAGCCGCCCCGGGUGCCGCGCCACGUGCACGUCCAGCUGCAGAGGGACGCCCUCCGCCACUUCGCGCCGUGCCAGCCCGGCGCCCGCGGCCUGCAGGUUCUUUCUUGA